GGACGUCUCGGGGGACUUACUGUGAUGCGAUUACUACGGUUUCUCUUUUUCUCUGAGCGAAAUCGUGGUCUUCUGGGUUCGGUUUUGCCUGUGAGCGACACCAGCAUUCUUGAUGCUUUCGAAAAUAUUGGCAACUUUGUGUGGGGUCUCGACGUCUACAUUCCGGCUGUGAGCAUCUAUGCUCGCAUCUUGAUGAGCAGCUCUGCAGGAGUGAUGUACGACGAACAUCCAAAUCAGCAGCAGCCACAUAAUCAGUUGUCUCCUACCAUACCUCCUGUUGGCGCGCAACACUAUCACCAGAAUAUCGAUCCUGCGAUGUUGAGCACGAACAAUACUACAGGAGCGGACCCACAUCUUCAUAAACUGCGAAGUGGUGACAUGAUUGCCGCGGCCGCUAACGUGACGCCACUUGGGAAGAGGCGAGGGAGGCCAUUAGAGAUUGACGUUCCGUUAGAUACGACUGCAUAUGGGCCCUUUACAACUACCGCUCGGGCAACAGCAGGAUGCAGUCUCAUGACCCACGGCGGGGGGAUGGUUAAGGGAAGUUUGUUGUAGCUAGAUACUUUUUCAUCAGAAACGAGCGUAUAAUAGCUUCUAUCUACUUAUACAUAGCUUUUUCAAGUAUCUCUAAAUAUUACCAGAAAGAAGUUGUUUGAGUGUCGAGAUCGAGAACGUGAGGAUGUACUUGUUGAAGCCGAGGUCACCUUAGGUGAAUACCUAUUGACUGCUCAUCGCUAAAACGUGCAGCCCCCUGUUGCG